AUGUGGGUUGACGCCGAUCCUCAGUACUUACUGCGGCAGAGUACGCGGCCUGGACGAAUGCAUUGGGCUAAUAUGCUACUUGUGUGUCUUAUAGCCGCAAUCCUGUGUACCUUGUAUCUCGCUUGCUUCCAGUAUCGUCGCUGCUGUUGUCAAGAAGAACACAGAAGGGAGAUGGCACGCGUGCCUAGCGCGACUAGUAUGAUCAGCGACAUGGAGGAACCGCUGCUUAAAGCAUCAGAUUUCAAUGAGCAAUCGCUGACAAUCGAGUCCGAUUCUGUAGCUCUUUACCAGCCUUCUGCGCCACCCUUCAGUUUGGACAUUUAG